CAGGAGAGAGUGGCAAGAGUACAUUUAUCAAGCAGAUGAGAAUCAUCCAUGGAUCAGGAUAUUCUGAUGAAGACAAAAGGGGCUUCACCAAACUGGUGUAUCAGAACAUCUUCACGGCCAUGCAGGCUAUGAUCAGAGCUAUGGACACACUCAAGAUCCCAUACAAGUAUGAGCACAAUAAGGCUCAUGCACAAUUAGUUCGAGAAGUUGAUGUGGAGAAGGUGUCUGCUUUUGAAAAUCCAUACGUAGAUGCAAUAAAGAGUUUGUGGAACGAUCCUGGAAUCCAGGAAUGCUAUGAUAGACGACGAGAAUAUCAGUUAUCUGACUCUACCAAAUACUAUCUGAAUGACUUGGACCGCGUAGCUGACCCUUCCUACCUGCCUACACAACAAGAUGUGCUUAGAGUUCGAGUCCCCACAACAGGGAUCAUUGAAUACCCUUUUGACUUACAAAGUGUCAUUUUCAGAAUGGUCGAUGUAGGGGGCCAAAGAUCAGAGAGAAGAAAAUGGAUACACUGCUUUGAAAAUGUCACCUCAAUCAUGUUUCUAGUAGCACUUAGUGAAUAUGAUCAAGUUCUCGUGGAGUCAGACAAUGAGAACCGAAUGGAGGAAAGCAAAGCGCUCUUUAGAACGAUUAUCACAUAUCCCUGGUUCCAGAACUCCUCAGUCAUUCUGUUCUUAAACAAGAAGGAUCUUCUAGAGGAGAAAAUUAUGUAUUCCCACCUAGUUGACUACUUCCCAGAAUACGAUGGACCCCAGAGAGAUGCGCAGGCAGCUCGAGAAUUCAUCCUGAAGAUGUUCGUGGACCUGAACCCAGACAGUGACAAAAUUAUCUACUCCCACUUCACGUGCGCCACAGACACCGAGAACAUCCGCUUUGUCUUUGCUGCUGUCAAGGACACCAUCCUCCAGUUGAACCUGAAGGAGUACAAUCUGGUCUAAUUGUGCCUCCCUUCCCUUCCCUGGUGGGCUAUUGAAGAUACACAAGAGGGACUGUAUUUCUGUGGAAAACAAUUUGCAUAAUACUAAUUUAUUGCCGUCCUGGACUCUGUGAGCAUAUCCACAGAGUUUGUAGUAAAUAUUAUGAUUUUAUUUAAACUAUUCAGAGGAAAAACAGAGGAUGCUGAAGUACAGUCCCAGCACAUUUCCUCUCUAUCUUUUUUUUUAGGCAAAACCUUGUGACUCAAGUCUCUUUUAAAUUUUCAGUUAUGCACUCAUGAAGAGUCUCUGCCUCUCUCUCUCUGCCUCCAUCCUUCCCUCUCUCCCCUCUUCUUUUCUAUUGAGAAAAACAAAGUCGAUUUUCCUCUUUCAUAAUCCAUAUCUUCUUCCUGAAUUUUCUCCCCAGGUUAUAACAGCCUUUAUUCUAGCUCCAUUCUUGGUUAAAUCUUUCUCUGGAAUGAUAAUCGGGACAUUGUCAUUCGAUUUAAGCCAUCCUACAUCAGCUUAAUCUAACAGUUUUAGUAUUUGCUGAAGGACUAUAUGUAUUACUGCUGUGGUUCUGUAUUGUGCUCCAUAUGUAUGAACUGUUUCCAUAUAUGGAGUCUUGUCUCACUUUGGACUGGGAUCGUGGAUGCCCAUUGAGCAGUUAAGGAUCAUUUCUUUCGGGUUUUGACCUUCAGCUGCAGUUUAAUUGCCCAGAAAUGCUCAGAAGUCAGAGGGCUGGCUAAACAUACAGUGGGAGUCUGCUUUUGAAAUCCAUGUGUCAUUGUCUUUCCUCCCUUUCUUGCUUCUUUUUUUCCCUCUCUUUUCUUUAAUUCUUAAUUGCAGAUGCCAAAAAAUAUGCCAACAAACACUACAUUCCCCCAGUGGCUGCUACCCAAGUUCUUUUCAGAGGUUUUUCUUAAUUGUUUAUUAGCUCCAACUUUUCCUUUCCUCUUUUUUUUUUUUUUUUUUUUUUCCUUUGUGCUUGGGCCACAAUUCUACAAUGGUUUUUAUUAUGGGUAUGUGCUGCCAAAGCUGGCCUUCUGUCAAACAAAAUGGAUUAAAAAGAGCUUAAUUAAAGCCAGCAUCUUAAAAUGUAAGCAAGUAAGACUGUGAACCCUUACAUGACUGGCUGAGAAUGAACCUGAAAUACCAAUUGCCAAACAGUUGGUAACUGUAAAUUUGAUUCUUUCGGUCCAUUCUUUUCUUUGCCCUUAAGAUCACAUUGUUUAUUGUCUGUGUCCCACAUUGAUUGUCCAAAUCAGCAGUAGAAAAGUAUCCUUUGUGCUUUAUCAUGAAAUCUGCUUAUGUUUCUUUGUCUGAAGCCAGUUUUACUUAUUCUUUAUGUUCUUUAAGUUCAAGUAAGUUUGCCAAGAACAUCAGUCGAUAGUAUUAUUCUGACACCUUUAAUUUGCAAAAAGAAAAAAGAAAAGUGGCUGCUAGUUUACCAUAUUUGGGAUCUUCUUGAAAUGGUGACUGGUUAAAUUGAACAUGAAGAAAAUUUGUGUACUUAAUUCAAAAGUACCCUUUCAGUGUUCUGUUGAACAUGUAUUUAUGUAACUGAACCUACUAGGAGAGAUUUUUGGAAUUCUAUAUGUGCAAUUUUUCAGCAAAUGCAAAAAAUACAGCACAUGUAUUAUCAAGAGCUUCUGUCAAGGAGCUUAAGUUAAAAUGUGAUUUAAGAAAAUAAAUCAUGAUUGUUACAAAGUUGCUGGAAAGCUAGAAUUAGGCCAUGAUGCUGAUCUUGAUACUAUUUGGCACUAGUCUAAACUUCUAUAUUAGUCACUUUUUGGGGAGUAACAAAGGGGAGAAAGAAUGUUAACAGUUUAUUAGAUGAGUACCAGAGUUACUCAGUAGUAAUGAGAUGUUCUUAUUCUUCGCUCUCCUGGUCUCAAAACACACAGGUUGCUUUUUUUUUUUUCUUGCUCAGAAAAGCACCUGUAAUUUAAUUAACAAACAUUCCACCUGUAGGUGUAGUGCAAUUAUGAAUGCUCUUAAUCAUUGUACAUACAUCUCUCUCGAUAUUGCAGCAUCCAUACUGGCUUUGUAAUCAUUAAUUUGGGGCAGAUUGAAUGUGCUGUAUUGAUAUGUAUCUAUGUAAUUGUAUUGUAUGUCUUAUAGCUAAUUCACAUUUUGAAUAAUGUUAUUUUAUUUACUUUUUUAAGAGAGGAGAAUGUAAAUUUGUCAGUUUAUUUCUGACUAGGGAUAUUUUUUUCCAUUUAGAAAAGAAAAAAAAAAAACCUUACUAUCAUACAGAGCGGUACUAGCAUCGUGCUGUAUAAAAUCAUUUGCACAUUCCUGAGUAGAGGUAUACUGAUUAUAAGACCCAAAGGUAAUUUCAUAGCAAAAUACAUAAAAUCAGUUGGAGCUUUUAUACAAACAUGGAAACCAACUUUGUAGAACUUUUGCCAUUUGAUCUAGGAUUGGAAUAUGAGCUUUUAUACAAUUCAUAUUCUUAUUUGGCAAAUGCACAGUUUAGUAUUACCUCUCCGAUGGCCUUUAUUAGAAAGGCAGUUUUAGAAGCUAUUGCGAUCCACUAAGGAGAUGUUUUAACAGCUAGAGACCACUGCUUGCCUGAAAGGGCGAUCUUAAAUUUGGUGCAGCAAAAACAAAGACAAAAAAAACAAAAAAACAAAAAACAAAAACAAAAAAAAAAGAAAAGAAAAGGAAAAAAAAAGUAAACAACAUUGGAUGGCCUACAGUGUGUAUAGAGAAAACCUCAUCACAAGAUCAUAAGUGUUACAGUUUUAGGGAAUCAAGAUAUUCUAUUUAAUAGAGCUAUAGUAGAUGUAGUCAAUUAAACCUGAUCUCAAAGCUCGUAAAAGCUGAGCAAAACAGGGAAAGAUUGUUAUAUUUGUCUUUAUGAAAUUGGGAUGGAAUUUGCUAUGCAGAAUUGAGAUUUGUGGCUUCACUGCUUAUGCUGGGGUGCAUGACAGGAUCCCUUCUUUUGAGAAAGGAAAAAAUUGAUCACCCUAGCUGCAGUGAUGCAUAGAAACCUAAUUGUAUCCACAUUAGUCAAUUGAAGCUAAAGGAUUUUUUCUUGUUUCUUUGGGGUUUUAUUGAAAGGGCGAGGGGUGGGAAGGGAUUCUUUUCAGUUUUGUAUAAAAACAAAGUUUACUCAUGCUUUUUCUCUUCUAUUGUGAUUGCAAGCGUUCUAAGCGUGUGCUGCUGGACCCUUGUUGUUGAUGCUCUAGGUAAUGGAGGCUUGUGGCAAGUUUUAUAGUGAUGGACAUGUCUUACUCAAAACACAAAACACAGACCUUCCUUCAGUAUACCAAGGCAAGCAGCCAUUUCAUGACUCACUGAACACAUCACAGUGUACCAGUUUACAGAUGAUUUUUUUCCCUCUUUUUUUGCGUGAUGGGGCAGUUCUAAACCAUAGAGAAUUCCUUAUUUGUAAAUUGGAAAUUUCUUCUAUGCCUUACAGAGCUUAAAUUCAGAAGUUUGUGCCUCAUAUCUGAAACAAAGGGAAAUAACAUGCCCAUUCGAAAGUCAGUAAGUCCCCUAGAAGUUUCAGGGUUUUGUUUGGGGGGGUUGUUUUGGGAGUUCUAUUAUUUUUUUCUUUCUUAAUAUUGACAUUUAAAGAGCUCUGUUCAAUGUCAUGAGUAGACUGGAAACAAAAUUUAGGAAUCUACAUAUGUUGUUUACUAACAGGUGACAUUUACAAAAGGUAUUUGAAGAACAUCUGAAACUUUUUUGGUAGAUUAACUAGCAAGACCUAAUAUUUAAAAAGGAAAUACAGCUAAGGGGCAAUUUACUUUUUGUACUUCAGACUAUCUUGAUUGUCAAGGUGUAUGAACUGUAAUUUAAAAAUUUAUACUGCCACAUGAUUGUAGAUUUUAGUUGUCUUAAGUUAGGAAUUGGUAAAAAGCUAUUUAUGUUGGAUUUGGGUCAAAAUGAGUUUAUUAUUUGCAAAAAAAAGUAUAAAAUAAUAAUGGGAAGAAAGGGCUGCAUAAUGAGAUAUUGCAAGACUCAGAUACUGGUUGGAAAUUCCCCUCGGAUUACCUUCAGAUUACCCUGAAUUUCCCUUUGUUUUCAGUUUCUCAAAAAGAAUGAAUGAAAUGAAAUAUAGCAGAAUGUUAACCCAUAUGAAAAUAAAGUGUUCCCAAAUAUUGUAAUGUAUAUUGCUGCAGUUCUUAAAACUAAGGGUUCAAAACCACUUAAUUGGUCAUUAACAUCUCAGUUGAUACAAAUAAGGUGUGCUUGGUAUAUGCUUUUCACAUUUUCUCCCAAAGAUAUUCUUUGGUUAGAAAUACACACAAAAAUAGAAACUAGUAAUUGUGUGUUCAUCUUUCUCUACAUAUUUCCAGCAUAUGUAGCACUAAUACAUCUGUCCUGGCCUUUGGGAUUUCAUUUUGCUUCCAUCAAAUUAGGAAGAGAAAGGAGCUUAGGUAGAGAUUUUUGAAGUCAGACACCUGCUGGUUGGUAGAUACUUUGAGUACAGUUGAAACUUGUCAUUUGUUUUCUUAAGAAAAUAAACCAUUUCCUGCUCUCUUUCCAACUGCCACCGCUUUCAAUAACACCCUUGCCUCUAGAAUCUUGUUAAAGUAUGCACACAUACCUUGUACACAGUAGGUGCUCAGAUACUAAUUUCUUCCUUGCUCUCCUUAUCUACUUCGUGGCCUCCAUUUCCCCAUGAUUCCAACCCAAUAAUUGAUGCUAUUUACAUAUUACAAAAAUUGCUGUUGGGUAAAUUUGGAUCUUACUUGGGUAAAGGAAUUUUGACUUUCAUAGAAGCUUUUGUUAGGGAAAAAUAACAGGAAAGUAUUCUCCAGUAGAAUAAUUUUAGGAUUGGAAAAAAAGGAUGGAAAAUUACUGUGUGACUUUGCCCAGGUUACAUUGAUUGAAACUCAUUUUCGGUGGAUUUCUUUUCCUUGAAGAAUUUUUCUGAAUGCAAUUUCCUGCUGGAUUCCUCACUUAUCAUCAUGUUGGAAGAAACCCUGACUAGGCCUAUGUAUUUAGGGAGUUUGGUCAGAAAACAUUUUUAACUUGCAGUAUUUAAAUGAAUCAUAUUUACUGUUCUUAAAAUGUCAUUCAAAUGCAUGUAUUGUCUAUUGUUUGGGGAUGGGAACUAGUUUUGCAAAAAAAUCACCUUAUGUUGUAUAAUGCCCCAAUGAUCUUGCUGGUUAAAAAUACAGUAUUUUUGGCCAUAA